AUGUCCGGGUGGGGCAACCCGAACUGCCAGGGCUCCUUCCUGUGGGCCUACCAGGGGACCGCCAACGCCUGCGUCAACGUCCGGACGCAGGCGGCGUCGAUCGACUACGCCACUACCGUGUCCACACGAGUGGAAUUGAUCAACACCGCAAACUGCGGAAUGGUGGGCCGUGGGCUCCUCACUGGACCCUCCGAAUCCACAACUGACGAGUCCGGCUCCGUCGUGCAGGUGAUCGAGGUCAAGGGCGACGGCGACAGCGCCGAUGGCAGCGUCAUCAAGAGGGAUAUAGAACAAAUUUGUUAUAACAUCCCGGCCGGGGAUCAAGCUUUCCGCGUUACAUUGAUCUGA